AUGAGGAUACUUCCCAUGAUUUUUCUUUUGGCAUGCCUGACUUGGCAAGCUUAUGCGCGCGCUCAGGACGAGAACGAAGCGCGGGCGGCGCCUGCGCGUGGUCUGCUUAAACGUGGCUUGUUGACUAAGGGCAAGGCCACCACCACUACCACCACUGCGGCACCACAGGAGGAAGGGGAGUAUGAAGAUGAUGCGGAAUAUUCAGAAGAAGAACCUCAGGAACCGUCCACGGAGGCGCCAACCUCCUCCACAGAGGGCAAGAAACUAGUCCAGGGCGGUGUGCGCCCCUUCCGUAGUAACACCGACUUACUGGAAGCACUUAAAAGGAGACGAGCUCAGGCAGCUGAAGCUAAAUUGAAUGGACAAGCGUCUUCCGCUGGUUCUCAAUCUCAAGAUUCUCCUGCAGAAGCUUCGUUAAAAUCUAGCUACAGUAAAAAACGCUUCAACACAGCUACACGAGAGACCAAUGUUGAAGAAGCGCCAGUGCCAGCCAAGACCAACAGAGGACGGUUUGGUAAAACGUCAUCAAAAUCAUUCCAAGAAGCUGAGCCAGAUGAGCAAAAUGAUGCCGCCCCUCCCGUGAGAACUGGUAGGACGUUCUCCAGACGAGGAGGGAACUGA